AUGUCCACCAAUAAGGCUCCCAUUCCUCAGAACGACAAUGUCGCUCACGCUCUUGCCGGCGCGGGCGGUGGUCUGUUGUCCAUGAUCUUGACAUACCCUCUCAUCACCCUCUCCACGCGCGCCCAGGUGGAAUCCAGAAAGGCCGAGAGCAAGUUCGCCGACGCGGUCCGCAAGAUUGUCGCGCGCGAGGGCGUGGCGGGCCUGUACUCCGGCAUCAACUCGGCCCUGUUCGGCAUCAGCAUCACAAACUUCGUCUACUACUACUGGUACGAGUGGACGCGCGCCUUCUUCGAGAAGGCCGCCGUCAGGGCCGGACGCGCCAGCAAGAAGCUCACCACCGUCGAGUCCAUGAUCGCCGGCGCCAUCGCCGGCUCCGCCACCGUCGUCAUGACCAACCCCAUCUGGGUCGUCAACACGCGCGUCACCACCCACCGCCGGGACCAGGGCAGCGCCGGCGACGUCGAGUCCGCCAAGGCCGCCCCCGGCGCCGAAUCCGCUGUCGGCCCCCCCGGCACCGUCGCCACCCUCAUGUCCCUCCUCAGGAACGAGGGUCCCCAGGCCCUCUUCUCCGGCGUCCUGCCCGCCCUCGUCCUCGUCGUCAACCCUAUCCUCCAGUACACCCUGUUCGAGCAGAUGAAGAACUCGGUCGAGAAGAGGCGGCCCGUCACCCCCACCGUCGCCUUCUUCCUCGGCGCCCUCGGCAAGCUGUUCGCCACCUCCGUCACCUACCCCUACAUCACUGUCAAGAGCCAGAUGCACGUCGCUACCCAGAAGAAGGAGGGCAUGACCGAGACUCUGCGUCGCGUCGUCAGCCAGGAAGGCUAUGCCGGUCUCUACAAGGGCAUUGGUCCCAAAGUCACCCAGAGCGUCCUCACCGCCGCCUUCCUCUUCGCCUUCAAGGAUGCCCUCUACGCCCAGACUAUCAAGCUCCGCUCCGGCCGCAAGGCUGUCGCAUAG